AUGAAGGUCCCAAUGAGAAUCAGUACCGACAAAGCUGCCGCUUGGCUUACCAUAUCGGCUUCUGCUGUGGCUGUGAUCUGCUGGAGCAUUUUAUUUGCCGGGUGCACUUCGCCAUCUACAUCCAACCACCUCUACCUGAUGGAAGUUAACCUUAAGAACUUUCCAAGAAUACAGGGCAGUUCGAUCAGUCAGGGAUUCUCGGAGCAUCUUCUUCGAGCCCCUCCGGUCAGCCUUAACCCCAAGGAAAUACCAACAGAGGUCGGAUCAGCCACCUCGGGUAUAGCAAGCACGGUAGAAAGCGCGCCCCACCAGAUCGGGGGUGCGGCAGAGGAUAUUACUAGCGAGAUCAAGUUCCAUCUGCCAGACUACUAUCGUGUUGGCCUUUGGGGAUACUGCAGCGGAGAUGACGAUCAAAAGACUGUGUGCUCUCACCCGAGACUCUCCUUCUGCUUCGAUCUAUCAGCGAUUCUGCGAUCAGCCUCUCCACUCGUCGACCAUAUACUACGCGGAGAAGGGGAUCCCGGUAUUAGCGGCUAUGCUAGGCUCUCUCAUGGCAUCACCGGCAUGUGUAUCCUAGGGUUCAUAAUGACCAUUUUAGCAAUAGUGCUUGGCGUAUGGAGGGAGUUUUACGGUGGACACAAGAAGCUACUCACAGCGCUCCAUAUGUGCUCGUUGGCUCUAGUCACUGCGGCUGCCCUCGGUGUUACCACCAUGUAUGGCAUUUUCAGUCAUACUAUCACCGAAGUGCUCGAUGACCUUGAUGGCACAGCUCGCGUGGGGGGCUCCAUGCUUGCCCUUCUUUGGAUGGCGAUGGUUCUCUCUCUGGGAGCCUUUUCGGUUUGCCUCGUCCGGUUCUUUCGCCGUGACUUUUAA